CCUCUCCAUCGCGUUUGAGACGAAGAAUGAGAAACAGGGCGAAGGGGAAUUCUGCACUCAAAAAUUCACGCAGAAACAACAGGGCUGACUUAAAGGUGAAAGCUUCUCCCCCGAAAAAUCACCUAAUCCUUCAUAGCUAUCUGCAGCAUGAACGUUGAAAUGGACCCCACAGAGAUGUCAGACAUCCGGCCUGAGUUCCAGUAUGCUUUAAAGGGUGCAGGUGACCUGGAAGUUCUGAUCUCUAUGACUGAGCACUGGAAGACAAAGAACUUUGGCCCAAAAUGUCCCAGACCUCUCACCCCUUCCUCAGAAUGCUCAGACAAUGACUCCGUGCCCUCCGGCCCUUCUGAGUUGCAUGAGUCUACUUUUUGCAUGACGCCACCAUACAGCCCAACUCAUUGUGAGGCCCCCCCGUCAGGCUCAGUGCUGAAACUACAUCAUUCUGCAGAGGACACAGCUGUUUCUCAGAAGUACCAGUGCACCAGCGUGAUCCGCCACACUGCGGAUAUCAAGCACUGCUUCUGUAACACUCAUCAACUCUUGCAGGAAGACAGAGUCUCAGGGGUUCUGGCAGGGGACUCUAAAACAAACUCCAACAACUCUAAUGGUUGCACUAGCAGAGACUCUGAUGAGAUUUUUUCAGAACAGAAAACCUCCCAGGAUGCAUCACAUUUGGAAGCCAGUCAGAUCCAGAUGAGUCAGUUAAACCCAGAUGACAGAUCAAAUGCAGCCCCUUCAAUUCCAGCUGGCAUCACUCUGGUUUCUCAUGUGCCCGUCUUCAGCCAGAUCGUUCCGGCUUCCUCCACGUCCACCGCUGGGCUGCAAAACCAUUUCACGACUUCUUUGCCGGUUUCAUUAGCGAUCAGAACCACACAUUCUUCACAGCGACAAAAGCAACAGCAGGAAUUUGGAUCGCCACCACUACUAACAGCUUCCCCUCCCCAGGUUCUGUUUGUUGAGGGUCAGGUGGUGAAAGGCCCUGUAGUGCUUCUUGUCCCCCAACCAUCUCUACCUGCAGUUUACGUUCAGCAAGCGCAGACGACCCCUGGUGGUACCAGGUUUGCACCCAUCGCCCCUGCUCCUGGGCUCACCACGUCAGAGCAAAGGCGCACCCCUCUGCAAACAGAAGUGUCACGUGUGCGAAGUCAUGUUUGUCCUCAUGAGGACUGUGGCAAGACCUACUUCAAGAGCUCCCAUCUCAAAGCCCACAUGAGGACACACACAGGUGAGAAACCCUUCAAAUGUAAGUGGGAGAGCUGUGAGAGGCGAUUUGCUCGUUCUGAUGAGCUUUCUCGGCAUCGUCGAACACACACCGGUGAGAAAAGGUUCACCUGCCCUGUGUGCCUCAGCCGUUUCAUGCGCAGCGACCACCUGGCUAAGCAUGCCCGACGCCACUUUGUGGCGAGGAAGAAACCCUUCUGGGCAUCAGGGAUCACCCCCUCUGCAUACCUGACUGCAUCUGCUACAAACUCACCCGUGAGACAUUCUAAUUGUUGAAAGACCAAAGACUGAUUGCAAAUGAAAGACUUAUUGUGACUGAAUUUGUACAGAUAUUUAUAUUUCAAGCUAAAAGUACUGCAACGAUUCAGCACUUCUAUGUAUGGAAGACAUGACUGCAAACACCAUUCUACCUUAAAAUGAGCUGUUUUUCACCAGGAUUUCCUGUUUCUCUGUCAACAUUUUUUUAUUUGACCAAAGAAAGAUUUUGUCUGUUUGUAGCUUAUAAAAAAUAUAAUUUUUA